AUGCUUGUUGGCAGCAAGCGAGCGAGGGAGGAGGGCGACGACGCGUUGGCGGGGGAGGUUUCCGCUGCAAUUCAGAGCAUGGCGGCGGAGACGGAGGAGAUUGUGGGCAGCGUGGGGAAGCUGAAUGGCGCGGUGUUGGAGUCCCUGCUGCAGCGCUCCCGGCAGGUGGAGGAUGCGCUGAGCGCCGCCGGUGGGUCUGUCGUGGGGCUGUGGAAGUUGGUCGUGCAGAGCCAGCGGGGCAGAGCCGCCAGCGCACUGAGCCACAUCGCCGUCGCCGAUGACGUACGUCGAAAGGGCCACUGCAUUGCCGCGCUUCAGCGGCAGCUUCUGACCUCCGCCUCCCUGGCCGCGGAGGAGGUGUCGAGUGAGCUGCGGAGGGCCCAGGCAGCAACGGUCACCUUGUUCGCAUCCCAGCUAGCGGGGGAACAGGAAACAAACGAGAAACUCGUUUUGCGCGUGCGAGAGUUCCUGCAGGACGCACUUGAGUCCAUUCAGUCGCACUCUCGUCGCGCAACGGAGGCGGAGCUCGCACUGUUCAAGCAGGGCGUUUCCGUCGCCCGUCUCCAAAGCCUCCUUUCCUUCUACCAAAGGGCUGCGCUGCGCCACCACGAGGAGGUCAUGGCGCUCAUCAAAAUUGUUCGCAUCCUUGCCGCGAAGAGCAAAGACGUGGAUCUCGCCGAAACGAAGCUGCGUCAGUCCAAGACCCACGUGAGGUUGUUGGAGAAGCGCCUGGAGCUUGCGGGAAUCGUUCAGGCAAUUGUGCCACCCAACUUUGUGCCUCCUCGUCAGGCCACGGAGCCACCGAAUGAGGCGUUGCGACGGACCGCGCCCGAGUACUUCGCCCUUCGCCUUUUGGAGCAUAAAGAUGUGACCCUCUCAGAGCUCGUGGACUCCUGGCAGAAGCAGGAGGCACGCAUCGUGGCGGCCGAAGAGAGGUAUCGAAGCUUGAAGUUAUCCGUGGAGUCGCUUCGGCGGGAGGCUCUGACGGUGCACCAGGGCUUCCUUGAAGAGAAGCGACGGCGGGAACUGGUGGAACAGCGCUUGGUUGAUCUUGUGCGUGAGCGGAUUCGUCCAAGCCGAAACGAUGCUCUCGUGCAACAACUCACUCUUCUGCGAGCAGAUCACACAAAGGCACUCGAUGACUUGGCUCAAAUGGCCACUUCGCUCAGUGUUACGCGGGAACAGUUGACUUUAGAACAGCAACGAAAUAUGUCACUUGAGGCGAAGGUGCAGCAGAUGCAGGAUGAUUCGGCGAACGACGAGGUGGCGCACACCUUGGCUUCGCUUCGCCACUAUUACGAGGGGGAACUUAACAGUUUAAGAAACGGACUGGUGGACGCCGACACACAGAGCGCUGUUGCAGCGGCGUGUGCGGAAAUGCAGCAGAAGGCCUCGGAGACCGCACAGAGCGCAUUGCUGGUGACCGAGCAGACCGUCAUGGACAUGUCUGCCACGCUACAACGUGUAGAAAGUCAGCUGUGCGUUGAACAACCACAGGGUGACAGUGCGGUGUCGGGGCGGGUCGUGCAAAAUGCCGAGAAGGUACUGACACAGAGCGAGGCACAGUUAAACCAGGCAAUGUCAGCCUUUGAAAGGGUGAUGAAAGAGUCAGAGAUUCGACAAGCGAAGGACAUGUCAGUUUUUGAGCAACAGGUGAAGAGGUUACUGGAGUCGAUGCAGUCACUCGUUCCCGCGGUGUCGCCUGGGGAGCCCGCCGCGGACCAGGACACGGCAACGGUGGUGCAGCGGCGAGAGGCCCAAUCGAUGAUGCGAGGCGCAGUAGCACAUGCGCUGCAAUUUGUUUCUGAUACUUUGGUCACAAACGAAAUAGGCAAGCGAACUCUCCUGGACACGUCUAUUUCGGAUGCCCAUCAGAUCAGUCUGUUGCUGGAGAAGGUGCGGCAACUCACGGCGGAGCGCGAUGCGGCCCUGGAGCGGCUGGCGCGGUGUGAGCGACUCAUUGAUCAGCACAGCCUGACCACCGUGGAACGAGUCUUGAUGCACGAAGUAUCCGUUGAAGAAUCGAUAGAUGCCAUGGAGGCGGCGGAGCAGAUUGCCACCUUGCGCAGAGAGGUGUCUUCACUUGAGGCCACGCGUACUGCUGCCCUCGCUGAGGUGAAGGAGCUACGGAACGAAUUGAAGGAGGACAGCCACGGGACGGAAUCCGCCGUGGCGCGGCUCACACUGCUUGAACGUCAUAACAAUCGACUGAUGAAAACCGUUGAGGAAUGCUUGGCGCGUGAGGUGGUCCUUGUUGAGCAGGUACACCAACUCCAGCAGAAUCUGCAAAACUGGGGCACCGUCGAGCCCCCGGUAGUGGCAGAAACGGGGGAGUCAAAGACUGCGGCGGAAACGGAGCGGUUUGUGCCGUUGCUGCAGCAACUAGAACAACUAUCUGGGGGCAUUGGCGAGAUGAAGGAGCAGCUGUCGGAGGUACAAAGAGCCGUAAUUUCUGCCUCCCGCGAAGCUGAGGACGGCGAGGAGGAGACGCAGCUCCUGCGCAGGGGCGUGCGGCAGGUGGCCGACGCGCUGCGGGAGGCACUCCAGCACGCGGAGUUGUUCCGCCACGCCCUCCCAGCGGAGGCAGCUGAAGCGGCACCGAGCGAUGCUGAGCCUAAUAGGGAAGAGGAGCUUGCGGAGCUGGAGCGACAGCUGGCAGAGGCUCGCAGCGCGCACGCCUCGGAACUGAGUGCGUGUGAGGAGGAGUUGUCCAGGCUCCGCGCCGAGCUCGAGACCCACAAGCAAAUUGGGGAAACACUGAGGAACCAUGAGAAGGACCUGCAGGAGCAGAAGGAGGACUUGCAACAGAAGGUCGGUAGGCUGUUGCAAAUCAAUAAGCAGCUUCUGGAGGAGGUGAAGUCCACGCGAACUGCUUCCACUACAAGCGCUGCCGAGGCGCCGUCGGCUUAA